GCUGUUGACACCGGAAUGGGCCGUCAAGAGAUAAGCAAAUAUUGGUAUUCAAAUUUGAUGCAAUUUCGAAACAAUGAAGCUCAAUUUACAAUCUCUUUGGCAACACACACACGUGAUUCAAAGGCAAGCCAGUCAACCAACAUAUUUAUUAAUCAUGGCUGCUUGGAAAUAAAUGAAUUGGAAAAGUUUGCUACUGAAAUGGGAAAAAUUCGCCGGGUGAGAACAAAAAGACACAUCGAAGCGGUCAAGGGCAAUCCGAGUGAAGAUGACCAAAAAACUACAAACUUCUUGCCAAAUGAGUCACAUUUGCCAGCACUGUUCCCGACAAACAAUCUUUUUGAAAUCGAAGUUCCUCAAAAAACAACAAAAGAUGAAGCACAUAAGAAUUGCCAAGAGAGUGGGGAUCUUGCUGAUGAAGAGAAGUUAAGUACAAAAAAAGGCAAACGAAAACUUAGACAUCAAAAGUUUUUAAAAAAACUUCAUGCAAGCAAAGCAUUUGAUGAAAACUAUAAAGCAACCAAAAUAAGACAGAAAACAGUCAUAACAGGAGAUUUAAAUCCACUAACUGAAGCAUUAUUAGACAUUGAUAAGAUGCCAACUGAAAAAAUAACUAAAAAGAAAAGAAAAAACACUAAGAAGCAAAACAAGUCAAGCUCAAGUGAACAGAAAAGACUGAAUGCACAGAUUGCCGAUAUGGAGAGAUUUCAAAAAGUUGUUGAUCACCCAUUGUUCAAAUCAAAACCAUUAUUGACUAUUGAUGAACAUGUUAAAAAUGUCAUAAAAAAUCAAACCUGAUGUUUAAGAUUUGUUUUUUGUUUAUAUUUGUGACACCAAAUUUGGGUAGGGUAACCUACUGAACUUCUUUAUAUCUCAACUUAGUAACUUCUUUAAAUACUCUUCUAACUCUACAAGUAAAGUUACAAUUGUGUAAUGUUAUUAUCAUGUGUAAAAACAUAUUUUCUAUUUCCCCAAGUGCAAAUUUCACUGGAUUCC